AUGUUCUUCAUUAGAUCCGACACUAGAAGCUGUGCUACUCUGAUGAAGGUCCUAAACGCCUACGAGCUUGCAUCAGGCCAAAAGAUAAACCCUUUGAAGUCAUCUCUCACCUUCUCUGCAAAAACAUCUCGAGAUGUCAAGUCAAGAGUAAAACAAAUGCUGAAUAUUGAGAAAGAAGGUGGUACUGGCAAGUACCUAGGACUACCCGAGAGCUUUGGAUGCCGGAAGAAAGAUAUGUUUGCCUCAAUUGUUGACAAGAUGCACCAACGUGCUGUCUCCUGGUCAUCCAUGUGCUUAUCAACCGCUGGCAAGCUCACUCUCCUGAAGGCAGUACUCUCGGCUAUCCCCACCUUACCUAUGUCAUGUUUUCAACUGCCAGUUAGCUUAUCAAAAAUUCCAUGGAGGUUACUUACCCAUCCUGACUGUUUGCUGUCGAAGAUCCUGAUUGGGAAAUACUGCCAAAACGCUAGCCUGCUACAUGUCAAAGCGAAUUCAGCUAUUUCUCACGGCUGGAGAGGAAUCCUAGCAGGCAGAGAUCUUCUGGUGGAGCAACUGGGGAAGAUCAUAGGUAACGGUGACACCACAAAGGUUUGGGGAGAUUCCUGGAUAUCUACCGAUGCUCCCCUACGCGCUUUUGGACCUGUUCAGGAUGAAGUCAAUGACUUAGUGGUCUCAGAACUUAUGUUUAGAGGCUCAGGUGAAUGGAACAUUCAAAAGAUACAAGAAAUGCUACCUGAACUUCUCGAUGAAAUCCUAGCCAUCAAACCAAGUGAGACAGGAGCCCUUGAUUCUUACAUCUGGUACCCUUCAACUUCAGGAGCGUACACUGCGAAAUCAGGAUAUGCUGUAGCGACUGAAAUCAACCCUGAGAGACCACUACUCCCACCUGCAAUCAACGCCAUCAACUGGAACAAAGCUGUCUGGAACACGACCUGUCCCCCUAAGCAGAAGCUGCUCAUUUGGAAAAUCCUCCAUGGAGCGAUACCGACAGGAGAAAACCUCCAGAAUAGGGGACUCCUCCUCAAUACCAAUUGCUCUUACUGCGGAGAAGUGGAGACUACUGACCACCUGUUCAUCCAUUGUCCUCUGGCAACUCAGGUCUGGGACCUUACCCCUCUGAGAACGGCUUUCUCCUCUACGUCAUGCCCAGACUUCAUCACUGCUCUCGAAAUCUCCCAACAAUGGGUAUGUCUGCCACCUACAGGGGUCCCGGGGAACAUUUUCUUGUGGAUCGUAUGGACCCUUUGGACCUCUCGCAACCAGAGGAUCUUCGAACAUCGCCAAUCAACACCCACGGAUAUCAUCACUAGAGCUUUCACAAAUGCUCAGGAAUGGUCUCUAGCACAACACCAACUCAUCACUCCCGCCACCGCUCCGUCGACUCUGCAGAGACAACCGCCGUUGAUCCCUCCUGAUACGAUCCGAUGUAAUUCCGAUGCGGCUUGGAACCAGAGCACGAAAGCAGCAGGCUUCGGAUGGCUUUUCUCUUCUCAAGACGCUCCUACACGACAAGGUUUCAAACCCCAUCUGCAUGUCAAAUCGGCGCUCCAAGCGGAAGCAAUGGCGGUUCGUGCGGCGCUCUCUCACGCCCUUCAACUCGGCUACACAAAGAUCUGGCUACGCUCAGACUCCUUAGGGCUCAUCAAAGCCCUCGUUUCAAUUAUCAAACCGAAGGAUAUCUACGGGAUCAUUUCGGAUAUUGAAACUCCAUCGUCUGCUUUUCACUUUUGUUAUUUCUCUUUUGUUCCAAGAACCCUAAAUGGGUCUGCAGAUUUGGUGGCAAAAUCUACUCUAUGUAACCUCAACUCUGGAUGGGCCUAG